AUGGGACUGAUGGAAUUAAAAUUAGAGGAUAAGGAUAAGCAAUCAUCGAAGAUUGUUGCAGAAGACACAAGGGUUGUCAUCCGAACUCCAAAGGCCAACACUACGAAGAAGGCAAGCAGAAGUUGUAAAAGCUGUUUUAAUAGAGGAAAUUACGAGCCGAUUGACUCAGUUGUGGGACAUGAGACUCACCUCACCUAUUACAGAAUUGUCAGUUGCAGCAUCAACAUCGAAGGCUAUGUGCACCUAUCAGUCGUGUCUUCUCAACAUGACAACAAGCUCAUGAGCUUUGAGGGGAAUCCAUUGAAUAUGUCAAUUGAGCAGGCGAGAGAUUUCUUGCACGGAUUGCGCGUUAAGGCUGGCAUCCCUCGAGCAAGGAAGUUGAAGGUAUUGGUCAAUCCUGUAGGAGGCCAAGGAAAUGCAAUCAGGUAUUACAAUGAAAGAGUCUUCCCUAUUUUGAGAUCAUCUGGAUGCACAGUAGAUUUGCAAAUGCUGGAAUACAAGUUACAUGCUUUUGACAUUGCUAAAGAAAUGGAUCUCUCUUAUGACGCCAUAGUCUGUGUUAGUGGAGAUGGUGCUGUACACGAAGUGCUAAACGGGUUCUUACACCACCAAAACCCAAUCAAGGCAAUACAAACACCACUUUGUCCAAUCCCUGCUGGUUCUGGCAACAGUCUGAGCUUGUGCUUGUUAGGUUUGGAGGAAGGGUUUGACAUCAGCUUGGCAACACUCAACGCAAUCAAAGGCCACGCCAUGCCCUUGGAUUUGUUCUCAAUUAUGCAAGGCAACAAGCGCACAUUAUCGUAUCUCACUCAAGCCACUGGUUUAAUGGCAGAUUUAGAUAUCGGUACUGAGGAUAUGAGAUGGCUGGGCGAUACACGAUUCGUAAUUGGUUACGUGCGCUCUCUUGUCAGAAAUGCGCCAUGCCCCUGCGAAAUCUACAUCAAGGUAGAGCACGAUGACAAAAAUCAAAUGGUCAAUUGGGUACGCGAAAGACAUUUGGACACACCGGUUCCUGUACCUCAGUAUACGGGAAGUGAGUUACCAAAAGUACAGUAUCCAAAUGGUCCUGAAUUUGAUUGGGAAAAGGUCUCCGAUGACAUCUCCUACCUAUAUGCUGGACAGGUGCCCUGGGUUAGCAGGGACUUGAAACAAUUUCCCGUUUCCAUGCCAAACGACGGCUUCAUAGAUGUUGCCGUUCAGCUGAAUGUCUCACGUAUGCAAAAGAUAAAGGCUAUGGAUGGUGCCGAGAACGGUGCUAUGUUCUUUGACGAUUCAUUAAAGUACUACAAAGCUAAAGCUUAUCACUUCAAACCAUUACAAACCGAUGGAUAUAUCUCAAUCGACGGAGAAAGUGCACCAAUCCUGCCAUUCACAGUAGAAAUAAUGCCCAGCUUAGCAAGAGUAUUAUCCCCAUAUUAUACCUGGAACAACCAAUUUUAA